GUAGAUAAAAAUGGGCUGACAGCAUUACAUUGGAGUUGUGUGAUGGGACACAAGGAAAUUUGUGUACAUUUAUGCAAAUCUUUCCCAGAAUUGGCCCCAGCUGUAGAUAAGGAAGGAGAGACAGCAUUACACUUGAGUUGUAGGAUGGGACACAGGGAGAUUUGUAUAUAUUUGUGUGAGUCCUACCCAGCACUAGCCACAGCUGUAGAUAAUGAAGGAAUGACAGCAUUGUAUGUGAGUUGUUUGGAGGGACACAAAGAGAUUUGUGUAUAUUUGUGCCAGUCUUACCCAGCACUAAUCACAGCUGUAGAUGAUAAAGGAAUGACAGCAUUGCAUGCAAGUUGUUGGAAGGGGCAUAGGGAGAUUUGUGUAUAUUUGAGCGAGUCUUACCCAGCACUAAUCACAGCUGUAGAUAAUGAAGAAAUGACAGCAUUACAUGUGAGUUGUUUGGAGGGACACAAAGAGAUUUGUGUAUAUUUGUGCAAGUCCUACCCAGCCCUACCCACAGCUGUAGAUGAGAAUGGGUGGACUGCAUUACAUGCAAGUUGUUCGAAUGGACACAGGGAGAUUUGUGUAUAUUUGUGCCAGUCUUACCCAGCACUAAUCACAGCUGUAGAUGAUAAAGGAAUGACAGCAUUGCAUGCAAGUUGUUGGAAGGGGCAUAGGGAGAUUUGUGUAUAUUUGAGCGAGUCUUACCCAGCACUAAUCACAGCUGUAGAUAAUGAAGAAAUGACAGCAUUACAUGUGAGUUGUUUGGAGGGACACAAAGAGAUUUGUGUAUAUUUGUGCGAGUCCUACCCAGCACUAAUCACAGCUGUAGAUAAUGAAGAAAUGACUGCAUUACAUGUGAGUUGUUUGGAGGGACACAAAGAGAUUUGUGUAUAUUUGUGCCAGUCCUACCCAGCACUACCCACAGCUGUAGAUGAGAAUGGGUUGACAGCAUUACAUGUGAGUUGUCGGAAGGGGCACAGGGAGAUUUGUGUAUAUUUGUGCCAGUCUUACCCAGCACUAAUCACAGCUGUAGAUAAGAAUGGGCGGACAGCAUUACAUGUGAGUUGUUUGGAGGGACACAAAGAGAUUUGUGUAUAUUUAUGCGAGUCCUACCCAGCACUAAUCACAGCUGUAGAUAAUGAAGAAAUGACAGCAUUACAUGUGAGUUGUUUGGAGGGACACAAAGAGAUUUGUAUAUAUUUGUGCAAGUCCUUCCCAGACCUAGUCACAGCUGUAGAUAAGAAUGGGCGUACAGCAUUGCAUGCAAGUUGUUUUAAUGGGCACAAAGAGAUUUGUAUAUAUUUGUGCCAGUCUUACCCAGCACUAAUCACAGCUGUAGAUAAUAAAGGAAUGACAGCAUUACAUGCGAGUUGUUGGAAGGGGCACAGGGAGAUUUGUGUAUAUUUGAGCGAGUCUUACCCAGCACUAAUCAAAGCUAUAGAUCACAAUGGGUUGACAGUUUUUCAUGUGAGUUGUAUAUAUGGACACAUGGAAAUUUUCAUUUAUUUGUUGUGUAAGUCCUUCCCCGCACUAACCGCAGCUGCUGUAGAUUAGGAUAGGACGAUAGCUUUGCAUGUGAGUUGUAUAUAAUGAGGCCAAGGGAGAUGUUAUUAGGUACCUACAUCAGAUGUAGACAUGUUGACAAAUGAAACUCGCAUGAAACAAUAGAUAGAAUUAACGAUAGUAUGACAUCAAAACCACAGGGAAAUCUAUUUUAGAGAUGGCAAAGGAACAGACAGAGGAAGAGAAAAGCUGAAAAUUAGUGGUGAAAAAACAGCCCUUUUUAUUAUUAUCUAGUUAUCAUAACUAUUGUUAUUCGUCUAAAGACACAUCUAAACCGAAUCAAAAUUGGUUGAGUGUCGAGAUAUCACUCAUCAAACUACAUAUUUGGUCAGUCACGCUGAUUUGGAACUCUUCAGUCUAUGAUGUCAGAGGUUUAACAGAGUUAACUGUAAUUGUGGCCAGCAGUAUACACUGUAGGACAGUAGGUGGCAGUGUGAGCAGUAGCAACACAGAUAUUUUUGAAUGCAUUCUAUCUGAUGUGUAUUUCACCAGUUUCUAAAAUUUGCUUUAUGUGUGAGAGGAAUUAAUGACUGACAAAAAAUUCAACAUCAAAUUAUGGUGUUUAACAUUAUGUAAUAUACAAUAAUGUUAAACAUUACAAUCAUUGUGUGAUAUUUGAUUUCAGUUUUCUGGAUCAGUAUUACAAUAUUUACAAAAGCAGACUCAAACAUUCUAAAAUUUGUGUUGUUAUGACAUCAUUUUGGUGCUAUAUCUUUUUUACUUGAUCAUUGUCACAGCAAGGCUUUGCAAUGUGUGUCAAUAUAUAAGGCUGUGAAUCAAUCACAGAAAGGGAUUUGAUUUAAAGAUGAUAUUCUUUCAAUUCAAUAUACACGUAAAUGAGUCAAAAUAAAGGACAUAUCUAUUUAAGAAAGACAGAAUUUGACAUGUAUAUAUUAUGUAAAUAUUUAAUAAUUAAAUGCUUGUAAGAUUGUAUUUAUUAUCACUAGGGAGCAGUCUAAACCCUGUAAAAGCAUUUUAUUAUUGAAAAUAUCAUUGAUACCUUACAUCACUGCUGUUGGAAAAUCUGCCUCAUGACUUUGUAAUGCUGCUUUUUAAACUAUGUAAGCAUUGGUGAUUGUACAGUAAUUAAGCAUGACCAACUGUAUAAAUUGCUGGUGUUUUUCAUAGAAGCUACUGUCAUAGGUAAAUGUACUUUAUAACAGAAUUUCAUUCAUGAUAUUAAUAUUUUUUCAUCAGAAGUAUCUUUCAUAUUAGGAAAAUGAAGAUACAUGUAUUGUGCUGCAAACAUUUUGGGAUCUCGUGCAAUUUCUUCUUAAAAAGAAAGUUUUGGAAAUGGUUGUUUUUAUUUUCAUAAAGGUAGAUUAUUGUACACACUUAUUAUAUAUAGUUUGAAGAAAAGAUAAACAUUUUUCUCAUGGUCUAGUCUUUUAAUACGGAGGACUCUCUUGUAAUAUGAUGGACAUCGGCCUAAUGAUUGGGUCAAUAAAACCAGCUCAUUAAUAACACUAAUUAUGAUAUUACAGAAUUUUUGAUGACAUCUUGUGGUGUAUUCUACUGUAAUAUUAAUGCUAUGUCAUAAAUAUUCAUUUGUAAGAGAUUUAAUAGCACUUAAUUGUAACAUCAUCAAUAUUUUAUGACGUCACAAUAGAUAUGACGUUGCACUAUUGUCUUUUUUCAUACAUAAUUAGGACUCGAGGGAAAUAUCACUUUCUCAGAUGAAUAUCUCAUUGUAAUCACAUGAAACAGGUCAAUAAUUGUAUAAUUGUUACUCGUGUAAUUAAAAUACUCUAUUUAUGAGUUUUCUGGCACACUGGUACAUGUAUAAAAACCUUCUAAACCAAACACAAUCGUCAGUAUAAAUGUGUUAAAUGAACACUGUAUCAUCAGUAUACAUUUUUAUUAUGGACACUAUCUUCAGUUUAAUUUGUAUAAUGAAAACUGUUUCAUCAGUAUAAAUGUGUCUUAUAAACAAUGUAUCAUCAGUAUAAAUCUAUAUCAUAAACACUGUAUCGUCAAUAUAAAUACUGUAUGUAUUAUAAACACUGUAUCGUCAGUAUAAAUGUGUAUUAUGAACACUGUAUCGUCAGUAUAAAUUUGUAUUAUAAAUACUGU